UGCUGCGGGUACCAGCAGAGUGCUGAGCCGGACUAGGAUACACCCCCACCCUCAGCAUCUCUCCACACCACCAGAUACAUAGAAGAUAGUGUGCUUCUCUAGUUCCUCUACUGUUGUAACUCCUACUUGCAACAAGGUCCAUUCUUCUUUGUGCAGCAGCAUCUGGAGAGGUGGGACCCUGAGGUUACCUGCUCUGUAGGAGACCGUCCCCUGCGUGAAGUCUCACUGAUGGAGCUUUGAAUUCUCAUCUCUCUACUCCAACAAGCGGGGGGGACAUCUGGACACUCGCGGAUCCAAGGUGCGCUCAAAUUGAGCUUUUGUGCAAAUGCCAUUGCGAUGCUGUGGAUGUGACUUCAGACAAAACAGCUUCACAACGCUAGAGUCCUGUAAAGCACAAUGAAAGACGAUUUUGCUGAUGAGGAGGAGGUGCAGUCCUUUGGAUAUAAGAGAUUUGGAAUCCAGGAGGGUACGGAGUGCACCAAAUGUAAAAAUGACUGGGCACUGAGGGCGGCUAUUGCCCUGCUCUAUGUGCUCUGUGCCCUGCUCACCAUAGCGGUAGCCGUACUCGGAUACAAAGUGGUCCAGAGAAUGGACAAUGUCACAGAGGGGAUGCAGAAUUAUGGAGGCAAGAUCAAUGCUGUGGAGACAGACUUAAAGAAACUAGAUGAUCAGACAGGAGAGAAGUCAGUAAAUGCCACGAGUGACAUCAAGACCUUCAAGUCAGAUCUGGAGGCAUUACAGAACCAACUGAAUGAUAUUGCCCUCAGGGCGACCAGAAACAGGGAUAUCCUGGACGAGCUUCAGAUCACAGGAGAUGACAUGCAGAACGGCCACGUCUCCCUGCAGAGCUUUAUGCAAGGCAACGAGGCCUCAUUGCGUGGGGUCAACCAGACCUUGGCCUCCUACAGUGGCAUGAUUGACAACCUCCAGACAGACACUGCACGGCUCCAGUCAGAUAUACAGGGCCAGGUCAAAGUUCAGAGCCAGACCCAGGUUAAUAUCAGUGCGCUCAACAUCACCCAAUCCCAGCAGCGCAAUGUCCUCGGCACGCUCCAGAAGACGGUGGAAGACGCAGGCCAGGCGGUGCAGAAACUGAAAAAUGACUAUCAGGGUCUGCAGCAGACGGCCAGACAGAACCGGGCCGACACAGAGUGGCUGAAGGAAAAGGUCCAGAACCUCCAGGUUUUGGCAGCCAAUAACUCGGCCCUGGCCCGUUCCAACGGAGAAGCUCUGGAUGACUUGGGGGCUCAGCUCAGCACACUAGCCAGCCAGAUCCAGAACACCUCAGCUCUCAACGAGGAGCAUGGCCAGAGCCUGCACGAGCUGAUGGACCACCAGAGAGACCACGAUAACGCCACCUCAUCUAAGUUUGAUAAGAUGGAAUCACGGCUAGACAGACAUGAGGACGACAUGGACCGUGUGACUGGAAACGUGAGCUUCGCCGCGCAGCUCCUGGGUGCGAUCAGCACGGACCUGAACGGCCUGAGGUCGUGCGCUGAGACGGUGAUACGACAUUCAGACCUGAUACUGGGGCUGAAUGGGAGUGUGACGGAGGCCCAGGCAGAUAGCAAAGAGCUGCGAGCACAGCAAGAUGAACUGGCGACCAGGCUGGACAAAGAGGUCAGCAACCUCUCAGUGGUGAUGGAGGAGAUGAAGACGGUGGACAGCAAGCACUCUCAGCUCAUCACCAACUUCACCAUCCUGCAGGGUCCACCAGGUCCAAGGGGCCUCAGGGGGGAUAAGGGUCCCCAGGGAGCCAUGGGCCAGCCAGGACAAAAGGGCGAUAAGGGAGACAAAGGGAUGCUAGGGUUGGUGGGACCUAAAGGAGAGAAAGGUGCUGCUGGACCACAAGGUUUGACGGGUCCAAAGGGUCCUAUCGGGGCUCGGGGUCUCCCGGGGGCUAAAGGAUCGAGAGGGUCUGGAGGACGACCCGGAAACAACGGUGAAAAAGGCGAUCCUGGGGCUCCAGGGAUUCCUGGUAGGGAUGGACUGUCAGGUUUGCCAGGAAUACAAGGGCCACAGGGGACCGGAGGAGCAGCAGGACCUGCAGGGCUCGAUGGGCCUCGUGGGCCAGUUGGACCCAUCGGCCCUCCUGGUCCUCCAGGGCUACCAGGGAUACCUGCGCCAGCACCUCCACUUUUAAAGCCGCCUCAGCCCACUCAGCCUGUUAAGGUCCUUGAAACCCCCAAACCACCCCAACCCCCAAAACCAGCCCAACUCCCCAAACCCUCUCAACCCCCCAAACCAGCAGAGGAACCACAAGGCUCCGUGUCACGGCAGAUCCAGCCUCCUGUCGCCCCUGCUCCAGUGCCUGGUUGCCCGGCCGAGUUCAGAAAGUUUGGAGCCAGCUGCUAUUACUUCUCCUCUGGUCCUCAGAGGCUCAACUUUGACGAGUCCCACCAGUUUUGUGCUAACAUGUCAUCUCUGAUGCUCAUCAUCAACGACAAUGACGAACAGCAAUUCGUGAGAGAUGCAAUUGCAGGAAAAGGCUAUUUCUGGCUGGGUCUUACUGACAGGGAGGAGGAAAAUGUCUGGAAAUGGGUGGAUGGAACUUUACCUGUUUUCAAGAAGUGGAAGCCUGGCCAGCCCGAUAACUGGACCCAUGGCCACGAAGAUGGCGAGGACUGUGCUGGCCUCAUCCAUAACGCCAACUGGAACGAUUUCUACUGCACUGACCGCAUCGGUUUCAUCUGUGAACGUGCCUCUGACUGUCAUGGAAGUUCCAGUUUUAUAGCAUCCAUCGAAGACAGUGUGAGCUGUCCAUGGGAGAACGGUGAAGAGGCUGAAGUUGAGGGAAGGAAAACAACACAAACAAACCAAGCAGGGGAAGGCCACAACACACCCGCAAUGCCUCUCUUCACCACCAACCCUUUUGACCAAGAUGUUGAGAAAGCAACCAGUGAGAUGAACACAGCCGAGGACUGGGGCCUCAUUCUGGACAUUUGUGAUAAGAUAGGGCAGUCACGCACUGGGCCUAAAGAAUGUCUCCGCUCUAUAAUGAGAAGAGUGAACCAUAAGGAUCCUCAUGUGGCCAUGCAGGCACUCACUCUCCUAGGUGCUUGUGUCUCAAACUGUGGGAAGAUAUUCCACUUGGAGGUUUGUUCCAGAGAGUUUGCCAGUGAAGUCAGUAACGUCCUAAACAAGGGCCACCCCAAAGUGUGUGAGAAGCUGAAAGCCCUGAUGGUGGAGUGGGCAGAGGACUUCCGCAACGAUCCCCAACUCAGUCUGAUCUCAGCAAUGAUCAAGAAUCUACGCGAGCAGGGUGUUACUUUCCCAGCUGUGGGGUCCCAGGCUGCAGAGCAAGCAAAAGCAAGCCCUGCUUUAGUGGCAAAGGAUCCCUCGACCUCAACAAACAAAAAAGAAGAAGAAGAUUUGGCCAAAGCUAUUGAGCUGUCCCUGAAGGAGCAACGUCAGCAGCCGCAGACCUCCCUGUCGGGCCUUUACCCGAACACCUCCGGCCUGCUCUCCUCGCACAAGUCCGACGGCAGGAAAGUCCGCGCCAUCUACGACUUUGAGGCCGCCGAGGACAACGAGCUCACCUUCAAGUCGGGAGAAAUCAUCACUAUCCUGGAUGAUAGUGACCCCAACUGGUGGAAAGGGGAAACAUACCAGGGAAUAGGGUUGUUCCCCUCCAACUUUGUCACAGCUGACCUGACUGCUGAGCCUGAGAUGAUGAAGACAGAGAAGAAGACAGUACAGUUCAGUGAGGAGAUCCAGGUGGAGACCAUAGAGCCCGAACAAGAGCCCGUAUAUAUAGACGAAGACAAAAUGGACCAGCUACUGCAGAUGAUCCAGAGUGCAGAUCCCACAGACAACCAGUCAGACAGCGUCGAGUUGCUACAGUUGGAAGGUGCCUGCAAUCAAAUGGGGCCCCUCAUUGACCAGAAGUUGGAGGAUAUAGACAGGAAGCACUCGGAGCUGUCGGAGCUGAACGUGAAGGUGAUGGAAGCUCUGUCUUUGUAUGCCAAGCUAAUGAAUGAAGAUCCCGUUUACGCCAUGUAUGCCAAGCUACAGAGCCAACAGUACUACAUGCAGCAGCCUGCCAACGCAGCACAACAGGUCUACCCUGGUCAGCCUGCAUCAGGUCAGUAUGCCAUGAGCGGCUCCGCGGUGCAGGGUUACACUGUUCCCAUGGAGCAGCUUCCAGCUGGAGCCCCCAUACCUGGUCAGCCAGCUCCCGGUGACGUUCAUAUGUACAUGGGCCAGCCGCCAGUCUACACCGCAGCUCCAGGCAGCAUGGCCCCAGCAGACCUGCAGUCCUACCAGAACCCGGCCAGCGGCCCUGGCCCCGCCCCCGGCAUGACGCAGUCGCCAAACUACAGCAACCCCUCUGGGCCGAGCAUAGCACCUUCAUCAGACCCCUCGCAGGCCCCCUACUCAGAGAAAGCCUUGCUAUAGGGCCCCUCUGAGCUCACCGUUAUCCUCACGCACACACACGCACCAGACCCUGAACAAAUAGUGGUGGUAGAUCAUCUCUUCUAUUAUGUGUUAGGAUUUGUGUGGAACACCAGAUGGAUGAAAACAUUCAAAUAGAGUAGACUAAACUUGACAUAGGGCACGCUUUGUGUUGUUUUUAUCCGGCAGAUAAAUAUAUACAGUUACACUUAUCACUCCAGGUUUAGAAGUGAUCAUAAGCUUUGUUUUGAAGGAGCUCACACCAAGACGCACAUGGUCUGAAAACAGAGACACGCCGUUUUGUUUUAAUUAAUUGUGUUUCUGCAUUUUCACUCUUCCUUCAAAUUCCUUUACAAGACUCAGAUGUGAAGCCACGGAGGAGCUUUCGUUUCACUUUUAUCUACACUUAAUUAAGUUUUGGUCGUCAUUCAAGCCUGAUCCCUUCUAAAUCUAGAUCUGAAAGCAGUAUAUUCAUCGUCCAGUUUUAUGAACGGGACCUGACAUUAAUUGCUUCCUAAGUUAUGAUAGGACUAAGAAAUUGUGGUUAUGUUUUAUUUUAUGAGUCCUAGCUUUAUAAUUUGGUACCAAUUAUAGGGCAAAUGAGACAAAAUUAUUUCAGUUAGGUUUGAAGGGAAUUUAUAAGAAGUCCAUUAGGAAUUUCUCUAAAGGAAUGACUCUAUUUAAACCCAAGUAAAUAUUUAUAUUUAGUCAUUUAUCAUUUGAAACUUUAUUUCUCAUACUGUAUAUAUUUUUGAAUGCUCAGCUGACCUACUGGGUGCUGACUUAAGACUUUUGAGGUUAUACUAUCAAUUCAUUUGAAAUAUGUUUUUUGAAGAGACUUGAACUGUUAAUGUGCAGUUGUUUACCUACAAUUAGUUUCACAUUUUGUAAAACUUCCUAGGAAAUUACAAAAAAAAUGACGGACUUGUAAAACAAAACAACAAACAAAAUUGCUUUGAUCAAGUGUGACACACACGAGCAUUCCUUCUCACUCCCCUUUACAUGCACACUGGAGCUACACACAAACACACUACAGUCAGGUGUACAGUAGCGGACACACACACACACACACACACACACACACACACACACACACACACACACACACACACACACACAGUUGCACCAUUUGACUCGAACAUCCUCAUCAGGGUCUGAUAAUUAACCUCCACUCACACACUUAUACGCCACAGCCUUCUCACUCACUUAAAGCAACCGCAUUGCUAAUCGUGUCACAGAAAAGGGGCGUCAACAUAUUUUUUUUUUUUCAUUUUAACCAGAAGAAGGACUUUUAGCGAUGCUAAAAAACUUAAGAUUACUACAUUCUGUAUAUGUCGGCAACUUUUAGAAGUACUGAAAACUGAAGACACUUUGUUUUAUUUUGUUUAGAGGGGAAAAGAAACCAGAGGAAUUUAAGCAUGCACAUGACUCGUUGUAAAUAUACUGUACUGAACUGGUAGUGAAGCCACAUGAUGACCUCAUGGAUGGGCUGGAUGUUAGCACAGCUCCGGGUGUGUCUCUCAGCCUCGAAGGUGAACUCUGCAGUCAUGAUGUUCCUGCUGAACUAAAGGUGUUAAAGCCAAAGAGAACAAAACGGAAAAAAACACGGCAGAAACCCAAGUUAUUUUUAUUUAAUUUUUCCCUCACAUGGUUGACUCUGAACGUCAUGCUGCAGAGUUUUCCUUUCUCAAAACGAGCAGCUCUAGAUCCUUGUUGGUGGAUGUAGUGUUCGCUCCGUCUCCGUUCAGGAGCUGUUCUAACAGACGACAGACUCGGCUACUAAGGCGACCGCCUCAGUGUCUUUUACAAGCAUCUCUUUUAGUCAGUGUUGAAACAUUUCUUUUUUUGUAGUGCAUUUUUUUAUUUAUGUUAUGAUUAUUGUUAUGAUAUUUUAAAUGGAGAAGCAGUGCAGGAUGUAUGUAUUCAGAGAAAAAGCGGAAUAUGUGAUAUUCUGCGUAACUUAGUUGUAUAUUUAAAUUGCUCACAUGAGGACAUGGGCAUUCCUCUCAGUGUUUUAUACAUGCUUGUUGUACUGUAGGGUCAAAUGGUAAUGUGAAGAACUGCUCUAACCUCCCGAAGCAUUUCAAUCCUGUUCUUUCUCAAAGCUGUCUUAACACUAAAACAAAUUCUACCUGAAGCAGGGCUGAAAUGAGGUUUUAUGAUUCUGGAAAGCACAGUCAGGAUUUAUAAACAGCUCCUUUGUCAAGGUCUCCCUAAGCUAUCAGUUACAGAGUCACUUUAAUAUCAAAUAUUGUACAAAUCUAGCGCUCCUACCAUAACUUUCCAUACUCUUCUAUGGAUUCUACAUGUUCAACAUCUUUGGAAUUGAUGUCUAUGAAUACUGACUGGAUUGCAAAACGAUGAUGAAACAGGAAUAUUAUUUAUCCGUUGUUGUUUAUUAUUGAAUGAUGCUACAUGAAGGAAUUAUAAAGCAGUGUUGAAUAAGAUGAAUUUGAUUUUCCAGUUGCAAAACAAAUUGGUGUAUUGAUCUGAUAUUUGUGUCUUUUCAAAUUUCUCUUGAGAUAAUAUCCGUUGUGCUCCUCCUGUGCCACCGUAACAUUUUAAACACCUCAUUUUACAGCUUUGGUACGUGGGACUUUGCAAACAAGAGGCCAUUUACCCCCCCAUAACUUGAUUUAAGCAUUAAUAUCGUUGAUUUAAAAGACAAGAAAUCUUUGCUGCCUUCAACUAAAUGCAAGAGUGAAAUAGUGUUAAUCUGUUUGAUCAAAGAGGGCUGAAAUAUCAAAUGUAUAAAGAAGUAGCAGCCGUUCUGUGACUGCGGCGUCCAGGAGCCACUUUAUCGUCACACAUUGUCCAAAUGUAAGAUCUCGUUGCACCACAGCGCUGGACUGCAGCCCCGAUGUAACUUUAUUGCACAGGAUUGAGAUGCUGCCUGUUUUUAAGUUUUAACCAUCAUUAUUGUAAAAGGUUCUGUCUAAACUUGUAUCCUGCUGUUUGUAUGUAUUAUUUUAACCAUACUUAUUAAUUGGUAUUCACAAUAAAAC